AUGCAGCGACCGACGGGGCAAGGCGCUGCCUUCUCCAUUGACUCGCUCAUCGGGCAUUCGCCGCCGGCGCCGCGCUCCGGCCCCUUGCUCUACACCGGCUACCCCAUGUUCAUGCCCUACCGGCCGCUGGUGCUCCCCCACGGGCCGCUGCAGACCGCCGCCGCCGGGCUCCCCCCGCUGGCGCCACUCGCCUCCUUCGCCGGCCGCCUCACCAACUCCUUCUGCGCCAGCCUCGGCCAAGCCGUCCCGUCCAUGGUGGCGCUCACCACGGCUCUGCCCAGCUUCGGCGAGGCCCCCGACGGCUUCUACCCCGCGCAAGAACUGCCCGCCGCCGGCCGAGGGAGCACCGAGCCGCCCUGCCGCCGCCGGAGCGCCGCCGCCGCCGAAAGCCUGGAUGCCGAGGAGCUGCCCGCAGGUCGGGACAAGGGGCCCGCCGAGCCGCCCCUCCACUUCCCCGAGCCCUUCCCUCACCUGGCAGAGGGGAAGGCCUACAGCUCGGACGAGGAGAAGGCGGGCGAGGCGGCGGGCGGCAGCGAGCGCGAGGAGGACGACGAGAGCUCGGCGGAGAGCGACGAGGAGCCGGGCCUGGACGGGGCGGGCGGGGGUGGGGCUGGAGCGCUCGGGCCCAAGAGCAAGGGCAAGCGGGGGGGCGAGGCGGGCGGCGGCGGCGGAGGGGGUCCGGCGGGAGGCGCCUCCUCCUCCUCCUCCUCGUCGUCGGGGCCGGGCAAGAGCCGUCGGCGGCGCACGGCCUUCACGAGCGAGCAGCUGCUGGAGCUGGAGAAGGAGUUCCACUGCAAGAAGUACCUGUCGCUGACGGAGCGCUCGCAGAUCGCGCACGCGCUCAAGCUCAGCGAGGUGCAGGUCAAGAUCUGGUUCCAGAACCGGCGCGCCAAGUGGAAGCGCAUCAAGGCCGGCAACGUCAGCGGGCGCGCCGGAGAGCCAGUCCGCAACCCCAAGAUCGUCGUGCCCAUCCCCGUCCACGUCAACCGCUUCGCCGUCCGCAGCCAGCACCAGCAGCUGGAGCAGGGCCAGCGCCCCUGAGCG